AUGGGAAAUUAAUAAGAAAAACCAACACAACCAAUAGUCAAACAAUAAUAAUAACAAUAUCAGCAAUAACAAUAAUAACAAUCAAAGAAAAGUAAUGAAGUACAAAACCAAUAUCAGAUUGCUUAUACUAAGACAUUUAACACUUAUUAAUAAGAAAACAAAAUCAAUGUUUCGCAUAUUCCUAUUGAGAAUCAGCAAUUAGUGAAUUAAUUUAAUUAGUUCGUUUAAUCAAUAUUCAAAACUGAUACCCUAAGCUUAUAACAAUACUUGGAUUUAUGUGAUAUCUUAACAAAAGCUCCUGACUACAAUGUUAAAUAUUUAAAUAAGAUGCGUCCAGUUGAAUUGAUGUUUAAAUUCAUGGGAUAUUCAGAAAAUGACUCUAUUGCAAAUGAAGUAUGUUUGAGUGUACUGAAUAUUUUGUUUACCAUGAUAAAAAGUGGAGAAGCAGCAAAAUUUUUGAUGAAUAGAAUAUAUGAUGAUAGUUUAGAUUCCAAUUAAAGAGUAGGUUAUGUGUGCAAUAAGGUUAAUUCCAUAAUGCCUCUGGUUGGCGAUUACAUUGAAGCCUUCUGGGUCAAAAUAUUUUCAUCCAACCAAAUUCAAUCCAAAUAGCCAAAACCUAUAAUAAAGUAAAGUUCUAAAAUUAUCGAUGAUGAAAUAUUCACUGUUCUCUCAACCCAAACUCAUUUUUGUACAGAAAUGACAUAAUUAUACAAUAACUAAAGCAGUGGUACAAGUUUCAAUAGAUUGGCAUGGAACAUUUUAGGAUAUGGUGGACCAACACUUAUACUUAUUUAUUUGGAUAAGAAAUUAAAUAACCAUCCAAUAAUAUUUGGGGCGUAUAAUCCCAAUCCUUGGAGUGAUGGAUUAAAAUUCUAAGGAGAUUCUGGAUGUUAUCUAUUCUCUAUAAGUCCAAGUUUCAGAACAUAUUCUACAACUGGUAAUGGAUAAAAUUACGCUUAUUUAAACACCAAAAACAUUGAUAGAUCUAAAUACAAAGUGGGAUUAGGAUUCGGAGGGAAUUCUGAACAUACUUCAUUUCGAUUAUGGAUAGAUGAUGAGGUUGAGAAUAGAUCAAAAGUUGCCUCUGAAGAUGACACAUAUCAACCUGGGUAUAUUGCAGGUGAAAUUGAAGGAUCAAUAGGAAUUGUCUUUAUUGAAGUUUGGGGAUUAGGGGGCAAAUAAGCCUUGAUUUAAUAGGAUAAAUAUAGAUAGGAAAGGAUGGAAGAAUUAGAGAGAAUGAGGAAAGUAGAUAAGAAAUAAUUCUUUAGUGGAUUUGAUCAGGCUAUGUUUUUCGAAAAAACGUUUGCUCAUAGAGAUCAAGUAAGGGAGGAGAUAGAAAAGGAUUGA